AUGAACAAGGCAUAUGACUCAAAUAUGCCGACUACAGAAGAGCCACAUGUCGGAACCAAGGUUUCAUACGUUAUAGCGAGUCUCGGAGCAGCUUGUUUGGUCUUACUUAUCAUUAUGGUUGUCGCGUCGUUUAUAAACUACAAGAGACAACAGAUCCUUACGGAAGGGGGUGUUGAGAGGUGGCAGGUUGCUCCAGGCGGAAUAGUGACUUUGCAAACACUCGAUGGUACAAGCCCAGCCGAGAAAUACAAAUUUCCGCAAUCGCCCAAGCCCAAGUCGCAUCAGGACUUAGAAUCGCUUGCAUUGGACUCCUUAGAACUCUGUGCAAUCUGCCUUGAAGUUUUUGAGACUUCGGAAUCUGUUCGGCGAUUGAAAUGCGAACAUGUCUAUCACCAAGAAUGUAUCGAUCGUUGGUUUCAAGGGCAUCAUUUCACUUGUCCUUUGUGUAAGUCAAGUUUUGUUGCAAGGGCAGGAAGUAGUAAAACAUCAUAA